GCCGCACGGAGCAGAGCGGCAGCGGGCGGCCCCGGCGCUGAUAACUGCCCGGGGUGGAGAGGGCCGGGCAGGUGGGUCGGCUUGGCCGGCCCGGCGUUCGACUUGAUGGAGCGGGGGAAGAUGGCGGAGCUGGAGAGCCUGGAGACGGCGGCGGAGCACGAACGGAUCCUGCGGGAGAUCGAGAGCACCGACACGGCCUGCAUCGGCCCCACGCUCAGGUCUGUCUAUGAUGGAGAAGAACAUGGUCGUUUCAUGGAGAAGCUGGAAGCACGGAUCAGAAACCAUGAUCGUGAGAUUGAGAAAAUGUGCAACUUCCAUUACCAGGGCUUUGUGGACUCCAUCACAGAGCUGCUGAAAGUUAGAGGAGAGGCUCAAAAACUGAAGAAUCAAGUGACAGACACCAACCGAAAGCUGCAGAAUGAAGGAAAAGAAUUGAUAAUAGCAAUGGAAGAGCUGAAGCAAUGCCGAUUACAACAGAGAAAUAUUUCAGCGACGGUUGAUAAGCUAACGCUGUGUCUUCCUGUCCUGGAGAUGUACAGCAAACUGCGAGAGCAAAUGAAAUCUAAAAGACACUACCCUGCGCUGAAGACCCUUGAGCACCUUGAGCACACAUACCUGCCCCAAGUGAGCCACUACCGCUUCUGCAAGAUCAUGGUGGAUAAUAUUCCAAAGCUGCGUGAAGAGAUCAAAGAAGUUUCUAUGUCAGACCUCAAGGAUUUCCUGGAGAGUAUCCGUAAACACUCUGACAAGAUUGGAGAGACUGCAAUGAAACAGGAUUGCAGAUACAAUCAGUGGAAAAUAAUUGCCAAGAUAUUCUUCAGUCUUCUGCUCUCUCCAAAUGUUAAGGCACAGCAGCAAAGAAACCUGGACAAUAUUGUAUCACAGCAUCCAAGGAUAAGCGGGGGGAAGAAGUCCAAGAAAGAAGUCUGCGCAAGCUCAGAUCUGGAGGUAAAAAACACUAGCCCCAUGUCUGAGCAAGAUUCGGGUAUCCUGGAUGUUGAAGAUGAGGAUGAGGAUGAAGAGGUGCCUGGGGCCCAGGACCUGGUGGACUUCUCGCCGGUGUACCGAUGCCUGCACAUAUACUCUGUCCUGGGUGCCCGAGAAACCUUUGAGAACUACUAUAGGAAACAGAGAAGAAAACAAGCCAGAUUGGUCCUGCAGCCUCCUUCAAACAUGCAUGAAACUUUAGAUGGCUACAGGAAGUAUUUUAAUCAAAUUGUAGGGUUUUUUGUAGUGGAAGAUCACAUCUUGCAUACAACACAGGGCUUGGUAAAUAGAGCCUAUAUUGAUGAGCUGUGGGAGAUGGCGUUAUCAAAAACUAUUGCAGCACUAAGAACACAUUCAUCCUACUGCUCAGACCCAAGCCUGGUGUUAGACUUGAAGAACCUCAUUGUCCUCUUUGCAGAUACACUCCAGGGCUACGGCUUCCCGGUGAACCAGCUCUUUGACAUGCUGUUGGAGAUCCAAGACCAGUAUAGUGAAACCCUGCUGAAGAAAUGGUCAGGAGUUUUCAGAAAUAUACUUGAUUCAGAUAACUACAGCCCCAUACCAGUGACAAAUGAAGAAGUUUAUAAGAAGAUAGUUGGACAGUUCCCAUUCCAGGAUGCAGAACUUGAAAAGCAACCGUUUCCAAAGAAAUUCCCCUUUUCUGAGUUUGUGCCUAAAGUUUACAAUCAGAUUAAGGAAUUCAUCUACGCCUGUCUGAAGUUUUCGGAAGACCUUCAUCUGAGCUCCACGGAAGUUGAUGAUAUGAUUAGAAAAUCUACAAAUCUGCUGCUGACCCGAACGCUGAGCAACUGUUUACAGAAUGUCAUCAAGAGGAAAAACGUUGGGCUGACAGAGCUUGUACAAAUUAUUAUAAAUACGACCCAUUUGGAGAAAUCUUGCAAGUUCCUAGAGGAGUUCAUAACCAAUAUCACUAAUGUACUUCCAGAAACUGUCCACACUACGAAACUCUACGGGACCACAACCUUCAAGGAUGCCCGCCAUGCAGCUGAGGAGGAGAUUUACACUAACCUGAACCAGAAGAUAGACCAGUUCUUGCAGCUGGCAGACUACGACUGGAUGGCCAUGGAGCCAGGCAGCAAGGCCAGCGACUACCUUGUAGAUCUUAUUGGCUUUCUCCGCAGCACGUUUGCUGUGUUCACCCACCUCCCGGGGGAUGUAGAUGUCCACUCUACAAUGUCGGGGAAGGUGGCACAGACGGCUUGCAUGUCAGCGUGCAAACACCUCUCCACCUCGCUGAUGCAGCUGCUGCUGGAAGCUGAAGUGCGGCAGCUGACGCUGGGCGCCUUGCAGCAGUUCAACCUGGAUGUGGAGGAGUGUGAACAGUUUGCCAGAUCCGGCCCAGUGCCUGGGUUCCAAGGGGACACGCUGCAGUUGGCCUUCAUCGACUUGAGACAACUCUUAGAUCUGUUCAUCCAGUGGGACUGGUCAACGUAUUUGGCUGAUUACGGGCAACCCACGUGCAAGUAUCUUCGCGUGAACCCGACGACAGCCCUCAUCCUGCUGGAAAAGAUAUCACGAGUGAUGAGAGACACGAGCAGAAAAAACAACGUUUUUGCCCAGUUUCGGAAAAACGAGAGGGACAAACAGAAGCUGAUCGACACCGUGGCCAAGCAGCUCCGCAGCCUGAUCAACAGCCAUCACUCGUGAGGGACUCGAGGACCUCCUGCUUACGCCAGUCCCUGCGCCACAGCCUUCCACAUGCCUGGACUUGGGAUUCUUGUUCAAAGAGAAUAUAUGUAUUUUUUUAUUCACCUGUAUAGUAUUCAUGAAACCUACCCUGAUAACAAAACGUUCCUUGUUAAACAAUCCCGGGAAGAUAGGUGGCACUCCUUGUGAGGGUGGUGUCAGGAGUCUCCUAUUAUAAACUCCUAUUUUCAGGGGUUUAUGAAGUGACGGUAAAUCCUGAAGCCUGAGAGAGAAGUUCACACCCAGACUUUUUUUUUUUUUUUUUUAUAAGCCAAAUUGAAAGAAUGGGUCUGACUCCCUUUUGUUAACUUAUUCAGUUGCAGAACAAAUGAAAACAAAAAAUACAGGGAGGAGUCAUGGUUUCGGGUUCUUCUCAUGGGCUCCGGUAAAAGGAGCACACGCUUAGAAAGAGGGUCACCCGUUAGCUUGUCUUACCAACUUGCAUAUUGGAAUUAGGUAGCAAAAGAGGCAAACUGAUUUCCCAACUUUUCUCCUCUUUUUCCUGUAAGGGCUGAUUCCCACCUUAGGCUGCAGAUCACUGGAGCUGCAGCCCUUUUCCCGUGCAUCUGUAGUCAGUGUUGCCACCCGCUGAGCUCCACUUCUAGGACCUGCUGGUGUCUUUUGGAACCUGCACUGAAUGUAGAAGGGCUUCAGGAGCUGCCUCGUUGAUUAGAUUUGGAAAGGGAGAACCAGAAGGUAACCUGUGAGGGUGUCCUGCAGUGCUGGGUACUGGGACACUGCUGCUUGCAUCCAGCCUGGUGGGAUAGCAGGGGAGGAGGGAUGCUCAGCAGGGAUGGUGCAAGGGCAGACCUGGGCUCUCCCAGUAUCCAGGACACUCUGUUCAGGUGUUUUUCCUCUCCUUGCACCUCUUUUCCAUGCUGGUGUCCCGUCUUCCCUCUCCUCCUGAUACAGUGUGACGGGGUAAAGUCCCUCUGCUUCCUGGGAGCACUCUGGCUUGAGCUGUGCGAGGAGCAGCCCUGCAAACUCACCGCUGACCAGGAUGCCAAGUGGGAACCUCCUGGAAGUCCCCAAAGUAGAGGCAGUGGGAGAUGCCCCAUAGAGCAGCAUCGCUCAGCAGCCCCCAGCUCAGAAGUGCCUACAGACAAGAUUCCCCUCUCUGUUCUGGAUGUGCCCAAACAUCCUCUGCUCAAAUCAAGACAGCUUUGAGGAGGACAGUAACUCUACCAUCAGGACUUUAACCCCAGCAUUCAGGUUACAGAGAGAGGGGACUUUCACCCUUAUCUUCUCAUUACCCUUUCGACUCUAAUUACUACAGGUGAAGGCUUAUCCAGCUGGUUCCCCAACCUCCCAGCACUGAUGUUAAAGGGAAUUUAAAUCUUUCUAGUGUAUGUCACGGCCCUGGCAGUGCCGCUUCAGCAGGGACAUGAGUUGUGCCCGUUUCCUACCCUUGUUUGAAGGCAGUGGGUGUUCAGCUCUCCAGCCACUUCUGGAAGCAGAGAGGUGUUUUGCUGACCUGCAGAGCGAGGUUCCUUCUCCUUCCCCUCCCUCGGCUCAAAAUCCCAGAGCUAUGGAGGGGCAGGACUUGUUCAAAAUGGCAUUUGCAGAAGGGUAGCAGCACUUUCCUGAUGCGUUCAGUCCCUCUGCUCUCUGACCACAUGCACUUUUUGCUUUGUAUUUCUUGCCUGAGGAGCUCUUCUGACACUCAAGCUCUGGAUGCAUGAAGAGGAUGGUGCUUUAUCUUCCCUCCUUGUUCCUCAGCAAUACUUUUUUGUUUGUUUUCUUUUUGAUAAGGGUACGUGUUAAUUAACCCUGAAAGUAAAUAGGCUCAUUGUCAGCAAUGACUUUCUGGGGCUGUCAUCUUGUCCCAGCAGUCUCCAGCCACAAGGACCAGUGGAUUAUAUUCAUUAUUAGGAGGGAAGAGCCAAACUUGGCUUUAUGGUUCCUUGUUUUUGGCGGGGGGAUCAGAGGUUACUUUUUGUCUUAAUGCCUCUUUGAAGUACCUGUAAGAAGGAUGGAGGAAAAAAGAAGCAGCUGAAUGAAAGUUGGUGUUAGGAUGGCCAGAAAGGGAUCAUCUUCCUAGAUACAUCUACAUACAACCCAGCAAAGGCUUUCAGAGGGACAAAUGAAAAUGAACUUGGUCCAGUCCCUGCUGGCAGCCGCUUUCCUGCUUUCCAAAAUGCUGGACCUGAGUGUCAACCAGCCUGAGGGAGUCAGUCCUCUGUGAGCCCCAGGGGAUUCCCAGCUCAAUCUUGGUAUCCCAAAUCCUGCACAACCAAGAAGGAAAAACUGCCUGGCUUGCCGGACUCCCAUAGGAAACUCUUCCUCACUGAAUUGCUGGGGAAAGGAAGCAAACUGGUCCUUAUGGUCCCGGCAGUGAUAGGAGAGCCCUCAACCCUCCCACCAAGACAUGUCCCAGGAGUGGCUGGACCAGGGGGCACUUUAUUCCUCCUCCCCAUCCCUCGGCAGUGCCACCAUGGAGACAGAGUGUGAAGGGGGUUGCAAAAGCAGGUGGGAUCAUCUGGUUCUAGCAUCAGACCUGAACUCCUACCCAGAGGAUGGAGAUCGAAACAAAAAGCCCAAGUACCCCAUGGUAGCAGUAACAGGGGAAGCUUCAAUCCACAGGGCACUUCAGUUAAGGGCCAUUAAAUAGUAACAAGCACUUUAAAAUCCUUCAGAAUCAAGCUGCUACAGAUGCUGGCAACAGCAUCACUGAGCAUCAGCAAGCAUGACAAAUAAGGCUUGCUGGCAUUUCCAGUUUUUAUUAGUGGGAGGAUAGACUGUCCAACACAAUUUUUAGUCGCUUUUGUCAGCCGCUGGCUGUGCUGCCCGGCGAGGCGGCGCUUUGCAGCCGGGAUUGUGCAGCCUCUUUGCAGCCCCUCUGUGCCAGGGGCAGGAUGAAGGGAGAAGGAGCAGGCACUGCAGGGCAGCACCACCUCCGGUCCCCAAGAAAUGGGGAAGAGGCUUUGAGCUGCUGUUGGUGAAAGUGAAAAGAAACAUCUGCCACCACCUUGAAAAUCCAUUUUUUUUUUCCCCCAAGGGGUGACCCCUGUAUUGCAUUGUGUGAGAUGUACCCUCAAAAAAUUCCCAAAGCUGCUGGGCAAGACCUUGUUUCAGAUGCUCCAGACAGCUCCCAGCCUUCCCCAUCCCACAUCUGGGCUCUCUUUCCCCUCUCUACUGAGCUUUGGUAAACAGAGGAGUGACACGGCAUUGCCGUGCCUUCCCGGGAUGGAUUUCCUUGCUCCUUUAAGCUCUGCUCGGAGAGGUCGGGAUGGGGAUCCUGCGAACUGGCUUCUGGCACUCAGGACUUGCUGCUGGGAAAGUCAAGCUCGGCCAAGGGAGAGAUGCAGCGCGUUUCUGAUUUCAGGAGGUCAAGCGCCUAACCGCAAGUCACAGACCAGGAUGAAAAAUGGUAUUUUGGUGCUCUGGUCUUAAUUAACUUUUUGUUCCAAGAGAUGCAGUUCCAUCCCUUCAAAAUAAAAUUAAUCUUUUAAACAGAUUGCUUAAAAAGCCCUGGAAGACAUUUAAAAUCCCCUCUAAAUCUCUUACUAAUGAUUGGUAUCCUCCGAUACGGAUGGUAUUGCUUAUGAGGGAAAGGUUGUUGCUAUAAAUUUAUAAGCAGUGGGAAACAGGGGCAGAACCCACUGCUGUAAUCAAAGAUUUGCAACCCCCAAAACAAAUAAUGUUAUUAACUCCUCCAUGUACAUACAUUGAAUCCACCUUUUUUUUUUUUUUAAGCACUGACUAUAGAAAAGACUGGGUUUCCCCCCCCGCCUCUUCCCCCACCCAGCAAACAUAUUUCAGCACCAAUGGGGAAGAAAAAUAUUAACAGAAAAGACAAGUUUGGCUUUCUGAGAACCAUUUGCACAUCUUAUCUUCUUUAUAAUCUUCAGGGGCUGUACAGGCAGAGGUUGGGGAUAAUUUUAUGUAAGGUCUUUAAAGUGCUAACUUGCAGCCCAAACCAUACCUAUGCGGGAGGGAGAUUGCCUCUGUUAGACAUCAGCAUGUGUGCGUGUCUGUGAGAGAGAAGAGGAGAUUUUUUUUAUGGCGUUUUGGUUUUUUGUUUUUGGUUGGUUUUUUUUUUUAUUUUAUUCCUAGGGCUGGAGUUCAAGUCAGAUGCUCUUAGCAAUUUUGCACUUUGUUCUACAUCCAACUGCAACUCCAGGCUCCGAUGUGGGGGGGAGAAGCUGGCUGGUGCUUUAUUCAAGGGCCUGAUUCGGUUUUGUUUUCUUAAAAAUUGACUGCUUUUGUGCCGCUGUGAAAAUGGGUGUUUGGGCAGAAGGCGUGGGUGUUUGCACACUGGCUCCAAACUGUUUGCAAGAUGCUGGGAGGCAGUGUGGAAAGCAGAGGUUGAGAUGGAGCUGGGGCCACACUGGUGGCUUUGGCUGCUGUCGGCGCUUCCUGCGCUGAAGUUGGUUUUAGGGCAAAAUCUUUCCCCCCUGCCAAGCUAGCGAUGAUGGGAAGUGGCAGGUGAGGGAAGUUUGCAGUAGGUGUCUCUCCAGCAUCCUUUCAAAGCCCAGGGAGAGACAUCUUUGGCCUUGGUUGUUUCCUGCCUCUCUACCACACCUCCGUUUGGCUUUUCUCUUUAAUUCUGGGUUAGGUUUGCUGCUUUUUUUGAAGUAGCAAGUAGUUUGGAGCAUCAGACCACCCUCCCACGCCCUGGCUGUAUGCAUGUCCCAUCCCGGAAUGCUGCAGGGCUGCUGGGGUCUCUGUGUGUCAUUUGCUGUGGCUUUGUGGUGCCCAGAGACCCUGUGUGUCCGUCCCACCCUCAGUGUGACUCGUGUGUUUAUCACACAGCUGGGGAGCUUGAAGGGAACACAAAUGCAAAUAAAUCUCAUCACAAAUAACUUCAAGAUGGGCCCUUCUCUGCUGUCAACAGGGAAAGUUGUGAGUUUGAGGGAAGCGACCCAAAUAUAUCGUGGUCUGGGGAGGAUUCACCCCAAAAACAGUGGGUGGAGAAGGGGUGCUCAGGCUGUGACCUGAGGACUGGUUGAUUUGCUUCACCUCCAAAGAUGCUGCUGCUCUGGUCUUUUUGAAGCCCCUCUUUUGGACCCAGGGCCACGCUGGGUGCUCAGGGCUGAGCUGGGGGAGCUUUGGCUGGAGUGAGUAUCCAUCCCACCUGCAGCUCCUCCUGCCUGGGGGCAGCACCCCAAAACCUCCGCAGGCGACUCAGCAUCGUGCUUCUGGGAUCCAGUCCGCACCGAGUUGUUUUCUGCCUUGGCUCAUCCCUCUAAAUUUAUUUUGACAUGAAAACACACCCGCGCCCUCAUCCCUCCCUGUCCACUGGCUGCUUGUGUUGCCUUUUCUCAUUUUUCUGGGGGGUCAGAAGGACGUGAUUUUGUAAACUAAUGUGGUGAAAACAGCUUUUUUUGCACAAGUCGUUGCACAAUAAGGGGAAAAUUUAGUAAAUUAGGUUUAACUUUAAAGGGAACUUUUUUUUUUUCCUUAAAACUCACUAGCAGAGCUACUGAUAAAAAGAAAAAAAAAGAGAUGGACUAAUUAAAAAAUGGACUGCAUGGUUUACAGGUUAAAUUGCGUUAGAAAUUAGCAUGUUGAUUUCAACUGUACAUUUAUCCUAUUGUAACUUCUAUUAAACAAUACAGCAUAUAACUGUUUAAAUAA